CGUCUGCACGUUCCCCGGUGGCUGACGUCUCGGGUCAGCUGACUGAGCUGCUGCUGCCGCCAAGACGCGUCCGGGCCCUGUUACUGUCCCUGUCGUCGUCCGCUGUCGCUGUCGCAGCCACUAUGGCUCAGUACAAGGGUGCCGCAAGCGAGGCGGGCCGCGCCAUGCACCUGAUGAAGAAGCGGGAGAAGCAGCGCGAGCAGAUGGAGCAGAUGAAGCAAAGGAUUGCUGAGGAGAACAUAAUGAAAUCCAAUAUCGACAAGAAGUUCUCGGCGCAUUAUGAUGCCGUGGAGGCGGAGCUCAAAUCCAGUACCGUGGGUCUGGUGACUCUGAAUGACAUGAAGGCCAAGCAGGAGGCACUGGUGAAGGAGAGGGAGAAGCAGCUGGCCAAGAAGGAGCAGUCGAAGGAGCUCCAGCUGAAGCUAGAGAAGCUUCGAGAGAAGGAGCGCAAGAAGGAGGCGAAGCGGAAGAUCUCUAGCCUGUCCUUCACCUUGGAGGAAGAAGAGGAGGGAGGUGAAGAGGAGGAAGAGGUGGCCAUGUAUGAGGAGGAGCUGGAGAGGGAAGAGAUCACCACAAAGAAAAGGAAACUGGGCAAGAACCCUGAUGUGGACACAAGCUUCUUGCCUGACCGAGACAGGGAGGAAGAAGAAAAUCGGCUCAGGGAAGAGCUGCGUCAGGAAUGGGAAGCCAAGCAGGAGAAGAUCAAGAGCGAAGAGAUUGAAAUCACCUUCAGUUACUGGGAUGGCUCUGGACACCGGCGUACAGUUAAGAUGAAAAAGGGCAACACAAUGCAGCAGUUCCUACAGAAGGCACUUGAGAUUCUGCGCAAAGAUUUCAGUGAACUCAGGUCAGCAGGGGUGGAGCAGCUCAUGUACAUCAAGGAGGACUUAAUUAUUCCCCACCAUCACAGCUUCUAUGACUUCAUCGUCACAAAGGCGCGAGGAAAGAGUGGGCCACUCUUCAACUUCGAUGUUCAUGAUGACGUGCGGCUGCUCAGCGAUGCCACUGUGGAGAAGGAUGAGUCCCAUGCAGGCAAAGUGGUGCUGAGGAGCUGGUAUGAGAAGAACAAGCACAUCUUUCCUGCCAGUCGCUGGGAGCCCUAUGACCCAGAGAAGAAAUGGGACAAGUACACGAUUCGGUGAGCAUCCAGGAGGGGCCGAGACCUUGGCUCUUCCCAGCAAGCCCCCGUGUCUCCAAGCCUCCAUGUCUCCAGGGCUCCAGGUGCCCGUUUCCCUGGGAUCAUGGCAGAGUGCACUGGAAGGAUGGUAGCCGCUUGUCCCCUGGCCCUGAUCUCGCAUUACUGCUUUUUUCUUUUAAAUAAAAAAAGUGCACAUGUCAGA